AUGAAAAAUCCUUUCGACGGAUUAAACGAUCCUACCACUGCGUCUUCUAUACCAACUAUAGAUAGUAAUAGGGCGAGAGAAAAUUCUGUAGGUAGGAGAAAAGAAAAUACCGUUAUAUUUCCUAGAAUAAUAAAAGGUCGUGGUGGUUGCCGAUAUGAACGAAUAGAUGACAAAGAAGAUGGAGAAAAUAUCAUUUACGUUCCGCAUGGUGCCGUUCAUGUAAGAUUAGAACUUGGAUGGAAGGCAAAGUACGAUAGCAACAAGGGCAAACUGUUUUUUAUUCGUCUGAAUGAUACAACCAAUAAAAUUUGGCGUCUGCCUGCAGUUCCAGAUGAGGUGUUGCUGCAGUAUGGUAUCAUUAGUAACGACAGUGGCAGAAGCAAAAAUGGCAACAGUAACAAUUCUGUUGAAAGAGAGAGAGAAGAGCAAGAAGAAGUGAGGAAUUCAUCAAACAACAGGAUCGAAGAGGAAGGGGAUGAAAACGUAGACAUUGAUACUAGUUAUGAGGGAAUUCUACACGAAAAAGAUGAACAACCAUCCUAUGAAUAUAACAGUGAUCCUCGCUCUUGUUCUAUUAAUACCGCUGAUAAACUAGCGGUAGAUGAUAAUGAACGUAGUAGCUCUGUAGCGACUCAAUCACCAUCAUCAUCAUCAAAGAAGUACAACACUACAGUACCAGAUACUACACAGUGGGAGAAAAGUAAAUCAAUAGUUUCUAUAGGUACAGAUCCUGUGCCCACAGAACCACGAUCCCUUUUUGCUCUUAUGAAUACAGAGGCAUGUUCUGCAGUGCCACGUAUAAGCCGAUCUAUUGAUCCCCAAAACUUUCCAAUACGACAGAAUUCAUUGAACACAGAGAAAUUUACGCAUAAUCACGUUGAUUUGAAUUCUUUCUUUUUGAAAAAUAUGAUGGUAGAGACGAAUCCAGAAUUAAUAUUGGUUCAACACCUUCAAGAGGAAAACAAUUUUCGUUGCGCUUUGGAGGAGGAGGAAUUUAAUGCCCGUAGUGAACUAUUGGAUGUGGUACAAAAAAUGCUUGAUGAGUUGCUCUUUCGUGAAGAAAUUACGGAAGAAGAUGUUGAACAGACUAAUGUACCUAAUAAGGUAGAAGAUUUACCUUUUGUAUCAAAUAGUAUGACAGAUGACAAUGAAAUGUUUUUGCGGAAUUCACGAUUGAUUGAAAUUGGAGAUGACAAUGAUGAUAAUGCAGUAACUCCACUGGAGAAACUAUUACGUGAUUACACAUCGUCUGCUUUUCAUGAGGAUGAUAUUUCUAUUCCUGUCACUGGUACGUUUGAUAACAUUUACCAUCCUCCAUCUGCGAAGAAAGAUGAGAUAAUAUCCCCUUUGCAGCUUGAUAAGAAGCCCGUUGUACAUGAGCAGAUUCACAAACCGCAGCAAACUCACUUGGAGAGUACCAAAACGGAGUUGCCUCCUGCUCGUCUACUCGAGGCGCAGCGUCAUCAGGUAGAGAUGGAGCGACGGUUAACUCAACGCGAUCGUGAUAAUUUGGAACGUGCUCUAGAUAAACGUUAUCAGCAGAUCGAUAUCCCUCCAGAUACACAUGUGCAGUUGCGCUAUGAACCGAGUAGUCACUUUACUCGUGAAAGACAGACUAUUUUAGAUGCUCUAGGUAUCAUUCCGAACUGUAAUUCUUCACAAGGUGAAAUAGCAUCUCCAAAGAAACCACAACAAUAUCAGCAAGAACACCCUAAUGCAAAAUUACAGAGUGCGGAUGUUUCGCCGAUAUCUCCUAAAACGUUUAUUCGCUCCCCUACACCAGCGAAACAGUCAGAAAUGAAUCAAAUUAAAAGGGAAUAUAUUCUUACUGAGGCAUAUGAAACAAAAUACGAGGUUGGUCUUGCAGCUAUGCAGUCAUUAUUAGAGUUAUAUCAGAAAUUUAUGAUAACAAAACCGGAGCCGAAACUAUGCAAGAAAGAAGAAAUAUCACUUAUUAAAAAUAAAGAAUUAGCUGUAGAUGAAGUGAUGGAGUCAUCAUUAGAAAAAUAUGCUAAUCGUCUUAAUCGCAUUAAACAACUCUAUACUUGUACUAAAGGAAAGACAAGGGAAUCACAAUAUCACGGGAAUGGGUACACCUGUCGUUCUGUUCGUACACCAGCUUUACCUUCUCCUUUAAACUAUCGAAAUACCAUAGAAGAUACACUACCCUAUUCUAUAAACGCAUCAACAACGGAAGAAAAAACACGCUUGUGUAUAGAUGUAUCAGAUGGCAAAAUAAACAGUAUUAAGAAAAGUUUGCAUGCUGAUAAUAAUAAUAAUACAGCUCAAAAAUUCUCAAAAUCUUUCUCUGCAUGGCAAAAAAGAGGAAUAAAAACACCCAAAUUUAUUACCGGUGAGAUGAAAAAUAAGUAUGGGAUAUCAGAUAAUGCUAUCAGUCCGCAUUACUUUCCUCAUCGUCUUAUUACAACACCUCCUGUGGUAAUCCCUAUUAACGUACCGAGACUUAAUGAUACUGUUACUGUAUCGAGACCAGUUCUUCGAUGGGAUGCAAAACGAAGUGGUAAUAUUCUUAUCUCUCAUAAAGGAACAACAUGUAUGGCAGAUGCAUCACGAGCUCUCAAACUAAUAGCUUCAGAGACAGAUAAAACGGGUGUGACCAUUCCUAGUGUAUUGAUUCCAAUGUACGCUCUCGGUACAAUUGGAAUUUCAGAAGGAGAAUUUAUUUUUGAAGUACGUAUUGACAUUCCUACAUCGUCGACAUCUGGAACAGGUAGUGGUAUAUUUGCCGUUGGGGUUACCACAAAGUAUUAUAGAGGUCCGAGUAAAAGUAACCCAGCGUAUUUAUUUCGUUCAGAUGGCACAAUUGUAGCUACUUCUGAAGAUGAAAAAGGUGUUCCAUAUGGUUGCCCAUAUCAUUCAGGUUCACAUAUUACAGUUUAUUUAGAUUUGGUACAACAACAACUUUCUUUCUUUCUUAAUGGGCGUCCACUAGGUGUAGCGUUUAAAUUUAGGGGUGUUGAGGAUCCAGAACCAUUGUUCCCAGUUGUGGUCUUAAGUGGUGAGGGUGACACAGUAAGUUUUGUUCCCCCAUCAGCGCCACAACUACCCCGACAUUUAAAACCAUCAUUGGGAGUGGAAUCUCACGUAAUGGAUGCACAGUAG